CACCGCGCAGGCGCACUGCCCUCUGCUGGCUCAUGAGGCACCGCAGCGCAGGCGCCGCCGCGCAGGUGGGCUGGUGAGGUCCUGCAGGUCUCUGGGAAGUUCUGAGGCGUUGCAGAGAACGUGGGAAGAUCGCUAAGCUGGCAGUUUCAAAGGACGAGAAGGUUUGAGGUCAAGUCUAAGCUGAUUUCUGAAUAUUUUGGAAUCCCUUGUGAGAACUGAGCCCAGAAGCAGACCCAGCAGAACCGUGACACCUACUCUGUGUGCCCUUCUUAAGAAAUGGCAAAAUGUCUGUUGACUUCAUCUCUCUCUGUAAGAACAAAACUCUUACAAACAGGAGUGUCACUUUAUAAUACGACUCAUGGCUUCCACGAGGAGGAAGUGAAGAAGAUACUGGAACAGUUUCCUGGUGGAUCCAUUGACCUCCUGAAGAAGCAGAACGGCAUUGGCAUUCUGAUGCUAAACAACCCCAAUAAAAUGAAUGCCUUCUCAGGUGUCAUGAUGCUACAACUUUUGGAAAGGGUAAUUGAAUUAGAAAAUUGGACAGAAGGGAAAGGCCUCAUUAUCCAUGGAGCAAAAAAUACUUUCUGCUCAGGAUCUGAUCUGAAUGCUGUGAAGGCACUCUGCACUCCAGAAAAUGGAGUGGCCUUAUCUAUGUUCAUGCAAAACACGUUAACAAGACUUAUGAGACUACCAUUAAUAAGUGUUGCUCUGGUUCAAGGCUGGGCAAUGGGUGGAGGAGCAGAACUUACUACAGCAUGUGAUUUCAGGUUGAUGACUGAGGAAAGUGUGAUCAGAUUUGUCCACAAGGAGAUGGGUAUAGUUCCAAGCUGGGGUGGUGCCAGCCGUCUGGUUGAAAUCAUUGGCAGCAGACAAGCUCUCAAAGUGUUAAGCGGGACUCUCAAACUGGAUUCCAAGGAAGCUUUAAAUAUAGGCUUGACUGAUGAGGUCUUACAGCCCUCAGAUGAAACUACGCCUCUAGAACAGGCACAAGAGUGGCUGGAGAAAUUUGUCAGUGGGCCUCCACAAGUCAUUAGGGGUUUAAAAAAAUCUGUCUGUUCUGCCCGAGAACUGUAUAUAGAGGAGGCGUUACAGAAUGAACGAGACGUUUUGGAAACACUGUGGGGUGGACCUGCAAAUUUAGAGGCUAUUGCUAAGAAAGGAAAGCAUACUAAAUAGCGUUUAGAAUGAGUGUAGUACAGGUGAAGCUACAGGGGAACAUACAUGGAGGUGAGAUGAUUAGAAAUGAGCUGCUGAAGUCAUUCAAAGGGGACUGCUAAUCUGCAUAGUUGGCUUGGGGGCCUUCUCCAUAUUGUAAUUCAGUGCUCUGUUGUCUUCCUUAACGUGUAACACAUCUACCAAUUUCUACAUUCCUGUAGUAAUUCUUAGCCCGGGCUUAUGUUUUGUAACAUACUUAUUAAUUUAACUUUUAAGAGAGGGUCUUAAACUUGCUAUGUAGCGCCAAGGGUAGUCUUGAAUUCCUGACACUCCUGCCAUCGCCUCCCAAAUACUUGUUAAUGCUGCUGUUUCUGGCUGUUUUGGUCUUUCUUAAGUCGAAAUAAUUUACAAAAGCAAAGUUAAACAAAAUUUAAAAUAACUUAAUAUAUCCUUCCUAUGAAGCAAAAGGCAGGGAGAGAUUAGAGGCAUGUAAGAAAUAUUAGUUAUUUUCGUGUGUGUGUUCUGUAUACAUAGGAUACUGAUGUGAAAUGGUUCUUCAUUUAAAGAAUAAAGUGGGCUUAUUGGUUCUAUAACACUAUGCUUGUAGCCCAGACAGAAAUACCACUGAUGGAGACUGGUAAAGUAAAUGUAAAAUAAAUGGAAUUAGCUGCUUGAGAAAUUUAAA